CUACUACUGAUCAGUGAUCACUAAACCAUAUCCCACAUCCCAAAACACCCUACCGUUGACAUACAUCAAAAUGCCAUAAUAAACCCAUGGUUCACUUGGUGAAGCUCUUCCAGUUUCCAUCCAUGGCCACUUAUUAUCAUUGCUUAACCUCAAUCUCAUUACAACAUUCUUCUUCCUCACUAUCAGUCUCUAAAUCCAAAUCCAAUCCCACAUAUCCCUUAAUUUACAGAACCAAAUUAUCUUCUUCGUCUUCCUCUUUUAUCCAAUGCCCCCAAAACCCUGCAACUAAACCACAGAUCUUCACCGUUUCAGCACUUGUUGAAGGUGAACAGCAACAGUAUUAUUCUUCUGGAAAUGGGUACAGCUUGCAAGAGGAUUCUAAUUUCAGGAACUCUUUUAAACCCUAUGAACUCUACGUCUGUAAUCUCCCCAGAAGCUGUGACAUCCCCGAGCUCCAUAAUAAGUUCAAAACCUAUGGUACAGUUCAGUCUGUUGAGGUCCCCAGAAACGCAGAGACUGGGAUAAGCCGGGGUUGCGGGUACGUGACCAUGAGCUCACUCGAAGAAGCCAAAGCUGCAAUCGCUGCUCUAGAUGGUUCCGAUGUUGGUGGGCGAGAGAUGCGAGUCAGGUUGUCAGUUGACAUGAAUAGUAAACGGGGAAGCACGAUAUCUAGUUCCCAACCUCAGAAGAAUUUGGUAUCUGAGUCACUGAUAUCAAGUUCCCGACCUCAAAAGAAUUUGGUAUUUGAGUCGCCUUUCAAAAUGUACGUUGGUAAUCUUGCGUGGAGUGUUAAACCAGAGGAUUUGAGAAAUCACUUUAGCCAGUUUGGUAAUGUGAUUAGCACAAAGGUUUUGCAUGAUCGUAAAGGCGGAAAGAAUCGCGUAUACGGGUUUCUUUCAUUCUCAACAUCUGCAGAACUUGAAGCUGCUAUGUCUUUAGAUGACACAGAAUUUUAUGGUAGAACAAUAAAGCUUCGAGAAGUUGUAAAAUGGCCCGAGCCAGAGCCUUGAGUGGAGUUUCAUGAAUAUAAAAGGGCGUGACAUCAUAGAGAUACCAUACAAGUAUUGAUCUUCUUUUGUUCAGAUGUAUCAUGUUGCAAAAUCACAUAGGUUUGACAAAAAAAUGUUUACAAGCCUGUAUGUUUUACAUCAAUAUAUGACUUGAUAAACAUACUAUUAGAUGAUAUUUUAAUUAUUAGAGAAAUAGAUAGAUAAUAUUGUGUUA